GUCUGGCUCCGGGAAGUGGAAGCGGCUUCGCGGACGGUGAGGAGCCCCAGUUCUGACGCCUGGGUCGUUGGGCUGUGGGCGGGGCGCUGCGACCUGGCACUGCGUGCCCCUUAGCGGUGUACCUGUGGUAUGAUAUGUGCAAAGAUUCUACCUGCUUUUUGACCAUGAAGGAGACAGACCUGGAGGCUGUUGCAACAGCAGUCCAAAGGGUUGCUGGGAUGCUUCAGCGCCCAGACCAGCUGGACAAAGUGGAGCAGUAUCGCAGAAGGGAGGCUCGGAAGAAGGCUUCUGUGGAGGCCAGGCUAAAGGCGGCAAUCCAGUCACAGCUAGAUGGGGUUCGCACAGGCCUAAGCCAGCUCCACAGUGCACUGAACGAUGUCAAGGAUAUCCAGCAGUCUCUGGCUGAUGUCAGCAAGGACUGGAGACAGAGCAUCAACACCAUUGAGAGUCUCAAGGACGUAAAAGAUGCAGUGGUGCAGCAUAGCCAGUUGGCCGCAGCUGUGGAAAACCUCAAGAAUAUAUUCUCCGUGCCCGAGAUUGUGAGGGAGACCCAAGAUCUCAUCGAACAAGGGGCUCUCCUGCAGGCCCACCGGAAGCUAAUGGACUUGGAGUGCUCUCGGGAUGGGCUAAUGUGUGAGCAGUUCCGCAUGGACAGUGGGAAUAAACGGGACAUGACCCUCAUUCAGGGCUACUUUGGUAACACACAGGGGCUCUCUGAUGAGCUGGCUAAGCAGCUGUGGAUGGUGCUGCAAAGAUCACUGGUCACUGUCCGCCGCGAUCCCACCUUGCUGGUCUCCGUGGUCAGGAUCAUUGAAAGGGAAGAAAAAAUUGACAGGCGGAUACUUGAUCGAAAAAAGCAAACUGGGUUUGUUCCUCCUGGGAGGCCCAAAAACUGGAAGGAAAAAAUGUUUGCCAUCUUGGACAGAACCGUGACAACUAGAAUUGAAGGCACACAGGCAGACACCAGAGAGUCUGACAAGAUGUGGCUUGUGCGCCACCUGGAGAUCAUCAGGAAGUAUGUCCUGGAUGAUCUCAUCAUUGCCAAGAACCUGAUGGUCCAGUGCUUCCCUCCCCACUACGAGAUUUUUAAGAACCUCCUGAGUAUGUACCACCAGGCCUUGAGCACUCGGAUGCAGGACCUUGCGUCAGAGGACCUUGAGGCCAAUGAGAUUGUGAGCCUCUUGACAUGGGUCCUAAAUACCUAUACCAGUACAGAGAUGAUGGGGAAUGUGGAGCUGGCCCCAGAAGUGGAAGUUAGUGCCCUGGAGCCUCUACUCUCUUCAAGUGUGGUCUCUGAGUUGCUUGACACAUACAUGUCAACACUCACGUCCAACAUCAUCGCCUGGCUUCGAAAGGCACUGGAAACAGACAAGAAAGACUGGAGCAAAGAAACGGAGCCAGAAGCAGACCAGGAUGGCUACUAUCAGACUACACUUCCUGCCAUUGUGUUCCAGAUGUUUGAACAGAAUCUCCAAGUUGCUGCUCAAAUAAGUGAAGAUUUGAAAACAAAGGUGCUGGUUUUGUGUCUUCAGCAAAUGAAUUCUUUCCUAAGCAGAUACAAAGAUGAAGCCCAGCUCUACAAAGAAGAGCACCUGAGGAACCGGCAGCACCCACACUGUUACGUGCAGUACAUGAUUGCCAUCAUCAACAACUGCCAGACCUUCAAAGAAUCCAUCGUCAGUCUGAAAAGGAAGUACCUGAAAACUGAAGCAGAGGAGGGCCCAUGUCUGAGCCAGCCAAGCAUGGAUGGGAUUCUAGAUGCCAUUGCGAAGGAAGGCUGCAGUAGUCUACUGGAGGAAGUCUUCCUGGAUCUAGAGCAACAUCUGAAUGAACUGAUGACCAAGAAGUGGUUGUUAGGGUCAAACGCUGUGGACAUCAUCUGUGUCACUGUAGAAGACUAUUUCAAUGACUUUGCCAAAAUUAAAAAGCCAUAUAAAAAGAGGAUGACGGCUGAGGCACACAGGCGUGUGGUGGUAGAAUACCUGCGUGCUGUCAUGCAGAAGCGUAUCUCCUUUCGAAGUGCUGAAGAACGCAAGGAGGGUGCUGAGAAGAUGGUCAGAGAGGCUGAACAGCUCCGCUUCCUGUUCCGGAAGCUGGCAUCUGGAUUUGAUGAAGAUGCGGAUGGACACUGUGAUACAAUUGUUGCAGUGGCAGAGGUUAUCAAGCUCACAGACCCUUCUCUGCUUUACCUAGAAGUCUCAACUCUGGUCAGCAAAUAUCCAGAUAUCAGAGACGACCACAUUGGUGCAUUGUUGGCAGUGCGAGGAGAUGCCAGCCGGGACAUGAAACAGACUAUCAUGGAAACGCUGGAGCAGGGCCCCAUGCAAGCAAACCCCAACUAUGUACCCAUCUUCAAGGAGAUUGUUGUGCCAAGUCUGAAUGUGGCAAAACUCCUUAAGUAGCCCUGUCCUCCACUGCCUCGUGUGUCUUCACUGUGGGGCUUCAUGUUGCCACCCUAAGAAGCAAAUUUAUUAAAACAAAAGUCCUUCUGUGGGUGCUCCAUAUAA